UGGAAGAACAAUUGGAAGAAGCCUAGAAGGCUGUUGUGCUUGCUGUGAAAGAGCAAACAGAAGACCUUGAGAGGGCACCACCAUGGAAAAGCCAGCAAAUGCUGCUGAUGAUGGGACUGAUAAGUUUUCACUCGUUGAAGACACCACCAGUUUAGAUGAAAACGUAUCCAUCGAAGCCGGCAAACUCCCGUUCAAACUAAAAUGGAAAAUUGACUUCAUGAUUAUGCCGUUCUUCAUAGCCAUAUACUUUCUUCAGUUUUUGGACAAGUCGUUGCUCAAUUACGCGGCGAUCAUGGGGAUAAAGAAAAACCUACAUGGGAACCAGUUUGCGAAUUUGGGAACCAUUUUCUAUGUUGGGUUUGUGGCCACAGAGCCCAUUGCUGCGUAUUUGAUACAAAAAUUGCCUGUGGCCAAAUAUUUGGGAGUCAAUAUCUGUUGUUGGGGAGCAGUGGUUGCCUUCCACGCCUGUACGGAAACUUACGCGGGCUUGAUGAUUGUUAGGGUGCUUUUGGGGAUCUUUGAGGCCUCCGUUGCAUGCUGUCUAAUAAUCAUUAUGGGGAUGUGGUGGACCAAACCUGAACAGUCGAGGCGGACCUGUGUGUGGUUCAUGCAGAUCGGUGUUGCCCAGAUAGUCGGCUCUCUUCUCUCCUUUGGGUUCCAGCACGUUCACUCCACAUCGAUCGCCAGCUGGCAGAUAAUGUUCAUUUUCAUGGGCAUUAUCACCUUCAUUGUUGGCGUGCUUACAAUAAUCUUUCUUCCGGACAACCCGCUCUCGUGCAAAUACUUGUCGGAAGCAGAAAAGGCGAUAGUGCUCGACCACAUCCGCGGCAACAACAUCGGACUGGAGAACAGAACGUACAAGUUCUACCAGGUGAAGGAGAUGUUGUGCGAGGUGGAGACGUGGAUUAUGUUCCUCAUUGUUGUGUUCUCGUUGACCGACGGGGGAGGACUCAACGUGUUCUCUUCGCAAAUCAUCAAGACUUUUGGCUUUUCCAACGAGAUCUCUGCUAUCAUCCAGAUACCCAUCGGGUUUGUGUCAAUUGUGUCCGCCGUGCUGUGCUGCUGGGUCACCAGCUUCACCGGCGAGUAUGCGCUCAUGCUCGCGUUUGUCACUGCUCCCUCGAUUCUCGGCGCCGCUCUCUUCAUGGCCUUGGGCGAGCAGUACCGAGUCGGCAAGCUUUUCGGUGUUUACCUCCUCGGCUCCAACGGUGCCGUAGUAGCACUAGCCUACGCCUGGAAUGCCUCAAACACCUCCGGCCACACCAAGAGAACAGCGAAAAAUGCCAUGACCCUCAUGGCCUUCUGUAUAGGGAACCUCAUCGGCCCACAGCUGUUUCAGGCAAAAGACGCUCCCGCAUACACGCCGGCCAAGAUCGUGCUUCUCGUAUUUCUCGCAGGCGCCUUUUGCCUCUCCGUGCUACUAAGAGCUGUGGUUCUACGUGAGAAUAGACGCCGGGACAAGCUCUACGGCGUUCAUGGAGCCCGGGACGUCCUAGCCAUGGACCUCACCGACCGUGAGAACACCACUUUCCGCUACAUCUACUGAGAUAAGCAUUGACACAAUCGGACACGCCACCUUCCUUUAUCUAAUCUGCCGAAUGCCUUCUGAAACACUACUCUUUCGGUUGUUUGUCUCUAUAAAAAACAUGCCUAUUUUUCUAUGUCCUACCUCCAUGUAGCAACUCCGACG